AGUGACGAAGACGAUGUGCUAACUAGUUAGCCGGAUAGCCACCACUAUCUGGUGUGCGCGCGGUGGAGGCGAAUUUCUGUAUGAAAUAGAAUACGAAUAUAGCAUAUAUUGUAUUUUAUUUUAGUUUAGCCACCCAGGUAAUUUAAUUAUGCCCAGCAAAAAGAAGAAAUACAACGCCAGAUUUCCUCCGGCAAGGAUUAAGAAGAUUAUGCAGACAGAUGAAGAAAUAGGCAAAGUGGCUGCAGCAGUGCCUGUUAUUAUAUCAAGAGCACUGGAGCUUUUUUUGGAGUCCUUGCUUACAAAGGCUUGUCAAGUCACCCAAUCUAGGAAUGCAAAGACAAUGACAACGGCACAUCUAAAGCAGUGCAUUGAGCUGGAGCAGCAGUUUGAUUUUUUAAAAGACCUGGUUGCGGCGGUGCCAGACAUGCAGGGAGAGGGGGAAGAGAACCACACCGAGGGGGGAGGAGAGAAAGUCCCACGGAGAGGUCGAAAACCAGGGUCUGGUCGCAAAAACGGAGGUGCUGGCGCCAAAGGCAAGGACAAGAAGUUAUCUGGAACAGAGUCGGAGCAGGAGGACGACAGUGAAGACAGCGAGACAGACGGGGACGACGAGGACGGCUCUCAGUCUAGCACACAUCUGCAGGCUCCAUCCAGGUUCCACAGCUCCAACACCCCCCCUCAGUAUAUGCACAUGGCCAACAUGGUCCCAAUGGGCAACAUGGCUCCGACGCAACCUCCGGGCACCGUGGCCUUCGCCCCACACGCCUCCAUGAUGAGCAUGGCACCACCUCCCACAGUCCCUGCACCGCACAAGAACGGGGACGACGAUGACGACGACGAAGACUAUGACUCUUAGCUCGUUCUCAGCACUCCGCUCACACACUCUCUCAUUCUCUUCUACCACACACACACACACACACACACACACACACAGUCAAUGUUAUUUUUCAAAUUCUUAAGUUGUUUUUCUGGCAGCUGCUGUAAGCAGAGGAGAGAGAGACUCUUCAUUGCAGCCUGCUGACCAAAACGCCCUUGGCGGCCAGCUAUAAGAGCCACCACCACCGCGAGAGACACAAAGCCUGUACAUUAUGUGUUUUAAUUUUCUUUUUCUUCUUCUUUUUUUAUAAAGAAACUUUUAUUUUAUUGUAGAGAAGAAUCCAACGAGGAUCUUUUUUAACAAGUCAGUCGCUCGAUUUUUGACUAGGAAAAAUGGUGGUCGUCACCGUUUUUGCAGGCACAACAAGCUUGGGCCUCGCAGCUUUUUCUUUUCUUUCUCUUUUCUUUUGGGAACUUUUUUUUUCCCUCAGUUUCCUGUUGUAGACCUGAACAUAUCAGUCGUCGUCACUCAGUUCCUCAGGUUGGCUGAAAGAAUCCGUACAUAGUAGUUGUUGAAGCUUUCUUUCAAGGCAACAGCACAGUAUUUGGAAGAUGAUCAUCGAGAAGGUUGGUGUCUCGCUGCUGAAGUGUUAUGACUAUGUUAUAGAUUGGCUGUGAUAUACAGCUUUUAAGCUCUGAGCUCUACUUCCCGGCUUUGUCACAACUCGCAGCCCAAUUGUCCGGCUGUAACAUAAAUAAGGAAGCAGGUGUAUUUUUUACUAUACAUUAGCUAGCUACACCUCUUUUUUUUUUCUCCCCCCCCCCCCCUUCAAUGAGUUUCUAUUUUUAAGUCACGUUUUUAUCAAGAGAACUGUAAACCUUCACAGCUCUGAAGUCAAUCAUAUCAGCAGGUUAAUGAGUUAAUUAUUUGUUGUUCAUGACCCUGGCAGAGGUCUGUUACUUUGGCAAUUGGAUCUUGUUAUUAUUAUUAUUAUUACUUUACUCGACCAUUUAAUACCCUUAAAUUGCCCAUCUGAAGUAUACUGUGACUCUUGGACCAUAUGUUUGUUUUUAAAAGCUUUUUUCCCCCCCCUUCUAUUGUCCUCUCUCAUUUCUGUUCUGGCCUCUCCUCCAAUUUUGAGUAACUUGCUCCUUUAUCCUGACUGUUUUCCUCCCCUUUUUAGAUUCUUUUAAAUGUGUUGAUUGGAAGCAGAGUUGGGGCGCCCGUUUAUGUGUCAGUCUCCGUAUGAAAUGGUUGCAAACAGACAGUUGGCACUGUAUUGUAAACUUUUAACAUUCUUUUUAUUUUGUAUGUAAAAUAAAGUUCAUAUUUCAAUUAAAA